AGAGUGCUUCUUGCAAGAGCUUCCAAGGAAUAAGCUUCAUGGCGGUCUUGCACAGAGCCCUCUUUCUUGUUCUCUUUGUUAUUCCUCUCUUAUUUCAUCAUGGCUCAGCACACAGACCUGAACCUCAUACAGGAGACAAGAAUAAAAAAACUGUAGCAAAUCACAAGACCACUACUGCGAAGCCCAAUGAUAAACAAGAAGAAGUGGUAAACCAGGAGGAUAAUUCUAUGGUGGUGAUUCAGAACAACCAAGGGGCGACCGAUAAACCGAGAACUGUGGUGGUUGUACCUGCGAGGGAAGCUAAACCCGCUGACUACCAACCAACUCAAGAGGAUCCAGACCCAACUAGGCCAUAUGCUGGUUUGGCCUCGGACUCAAAAUACAACAAAUUUAGGGCAGUUAUAACCAAUAGACCACCACCCACAGCAGGGUAGGAGGCAGCUUAUGAGAGAUCUUAUAAUCAACAAUGUAACACAGAGAUCAUGGAAAAGGACAUCGAGACAAGGUUCAAAGGUGAUUGGAAGCUACAUUGUGAGGAUGCCUUUGUCUCCGCCAUGCAACUCCAAUUGCUUCCAAACAACAAGGCUAUUAUGUCCGACACCAGUUCCUUCGGCCCAUCCAAAAUCGAGUUGCCUAAACCUCAUCCUGCCAAUUGUCGUGAAGUCAUCCAGAAGCGCGUCGGCAAAAAACAUCACGACGCAAAUUCAACCGACUGUUGGGCUCAUGCUAUAGAAUAUGACAUUGACACCGCAAAAGUUAGGCCGCUAAAGGUUUUAACGAACCAAUGGUGCUCUUCUGGAGGCCUUUCGCCUAAGGGUACCUUAGUAAGCACCGGCGGUUGGGAAGAAGGUUAUAAAUCAGUUAGACACAUGGGUCAAUGCCCUGACUGCGAUUUUGAGGAAAAACCAGCUGCCCUUGCCAGCAAUAGAUGGUAUGCUAGUCAGGUAACGUUGGAAGAUGGUAACUUUGUCAUUGUUGGUGGUCGCAGAAGUUUCAGCUAUGAAUUUGUGCCAUCCAUGGAAAUGAAUUUCAAACCUAAACAAUUCGACCUUCCAUUACUCAAGGAAACCAAAGAUAGUACUAAAGAAUCAGAGAACAAUCUGUACCCAUUUGUGCACCUAGUUCCCGAUGGCAACCUCUUCAUCUUCGCAAAUUCCCGUUCCAUCCUUCUCCAGCCUGGUGGUAAAGUCAUUCACGAGUACCCGGAAUUGCCCGGUGGUUCUCGGAACUACCCUGGAUCAGGAAUGUCAGCUCUCCUCCCUCUAGACCUCCGCAACGGCCCUGAAAUUCAUGCUGAGGUCUUGGUCUGUGGUGGUGGAGAUCCCCAGGCAUAUCCAAAGGCAAACAAUGAGAAAAUCUUCUUGCCUGCAUUGCAAGACUGUGGACGCAUUACCAUCACCAAACCGGGCGCAAAAUGGGAGAUAGACAUGAUGCCUUCACCCCGAAUCAUGGGUGACAUGAUCAUUCUACCAAACACAGAACUUCUGCUCCUCAACGGUGCCAAGAAAGGCGCCGCCGGUUGGCAAAAUGCCGACGAGCCCAAUCUGGUGCCAGUCUUAUAUUCUCCAAAGAAAAAGCUAGGAGAAAGGUUCACCGAACUAGAACCUACCUGCAUUGCUCGAAUGUACCAUUCGUCGUCGGCACUUCUUCUGGACGGAAAGGUUUUGGUUGCAGGCAGUAAUACAAACCCUACUUACAACUUCACGGAAUCGGUCAGAUUUAAGACCGAAACCAGUGUAGAGAAGUUCUGGCCUCCGUACUUGGAAUCUAAGCUCCGCCAGUACAGACCCCGAGUGCACGAGGGUGGUACCGAGAAGAUGUUGAAGUACGGAAAAGAAUUUAGGAUUAAAGUUAAGCUGGCCAAGGAGAUUGGAGUGAGCAAGACGAACGUAAAGGUGACUAUGUAUGCACAGCCGUUCACCACCCAUGGGUACUCAAUGAGCCAAAGAAUGGUUGUUCUGAAAAUAGUGGACAUAACUGAUGAUAGCGUCAUUGCUGUGGCACCUCCGUCAGGCAAAAUUACUCCUAGGGGGUAUUAUAUGCUCUGGGUUGUUCAUCGUGGCCUGCCCAGUAACGGAAUCUGGGUACAGAUUGGUGCCUAGACAUGAAAUGAUUGUUGUCUUUGCCUGAGCUAUGAUGGAAUAAAAUUCUUUUUUUCCAAUUUUUAA